UCCCUUGGAAAACUCUCUUUAAAGGAGUAUUCAAUUCCCAAUGGAGAAACCGAUAAACAAAAAUGAAAAGUCUGGAAAAUAGAGAUAUAGCUUAAAUUUACACCAUAUAAGCUCAAUAUAAAGUUAUGUUCUAUUGUUUGAUGACCAGAUUGUAAAUCAGGAUGUCAUCCCUAUCAGAUGAUAUGGAUGAUGUAUCAGUGUGCUCUCCCCCACUGUUUACACCACCCCCUGUUGCUCCACUUCCACCACUCCCUCCGUUUUCAAGAUCUGCAGUCAACUCCAACAGCAAUGGUUUACAGACAGAAGUUGCAUUUUCAAGUUUUAACAACGAUCCCGAAAGUGAUGGCCAACGUGCAUACAGAUAUGCUUGUAGUGCCAUUCCGGACAGUCUAGAAAGCUAUGUUUGUGUUUCAUAUCAAAGAAAGGUAGAACCUAUUAUACAGUCAGGUCCUCAAUGUGGUUUGGUUGCAGCGGCAAUGGCAGAUUCUAUAUUACAUAAAGAUGUAACUGUUGAACAAUUAUCUGAGGCCAGUCAAAGUCAGGGAUUCUCUAAACAAGGAGAAAUAUUUUCCUCAUUGUAUUUAGAAAAGAUAACCUCACAGGCUUAUGGUUGUAAGACCAGUGUUUUGGACAUCAGGGAUGUAGGUGGCAAGUGGGAGUUCCUCAACUGUCUGGCCAGGGGCGAUGUUCUUCUUGUUCCAUAUGAUCCUGAUAAAAAUUUUGUGCCAGUUUUGAAAAAGGGCCAUAAGGCUCAUUGGGCUCUAGUCACAGGUUUCUUUGCAGCAAUAAAUGAUGAAACAGUGCUAAAAAAGUUCCAGGAAGAAAGUAUAAAGAAAGACUCAGAAUUUUCCAAUCUAUACCAUUGUAAUUCAGCCCCUGUACCUGCCACAACACACAGGGUACUUCCAGCUGAGCCAAAUGUCACUCCACGGGCGUUGUCAGCAAAUGUUCCAACUAGACCUCAGGGUGCGAUAUCUAACAGAGCAAUAUCAGCACGGACUCUUCCAGCAGAACCAGGACAUCCUCCAGCUGUAGAAAGUACAAAAUUAACCCAUGAUGUUGGAAAUUUAUCACAUGAUAAAGUAUCUAAAGCAGGUACAUGUAGGAAUCCCCUUGAGGCCGCUUCAUAUAUUUUAGUGUAUGCGAAACAAGGAAAAAGCAAACAUACUGGUAUUUGGAAUGCGAAAACUCUAGUUGAAAGUUGUUGUAAUUUGAUAGAGAUUGCUCCAGAUAGGUUAGAGGAUGGUGAAAGCUACACAUUUCCAGAGAAAGGAAUAGAGGAAGAACUUUGUGGGAAAGUUGUGGUGAUACACGUUAAGAAGUGAAUUAUUUCAUUUAGUUCGUUAAGGUUGAUAACACCAGGACCUUCUUGCUCUAAAUUUUUCCACUGGGUAAUCUGCCCAGUGAAUAACUUGGUUCUUUAUUUUUGCAUCAUAUAUUAAAGAAAAUUCAGGUUACAACAGAAUACUGUAGGCGUCAUUUAUUAGCGCCCCAAAAAUUUAGCGCAAACGCAAUUUUUGGUAAAAUAUCUAAUUAUUGCAUGGACGUGAAUUAGCGCUCUCGCGAGACCGCUAAUUUCUACUUUUAGCGCUGUCCGAGAUGAGGCUCUCGGAGAUUUCCGGAGAUUCACGAAGAUUUUCGGAAAUAAACUUAACCGUCGGCAAUUUUUCUUUAAUGUGUAUCUGCUGUAAUUAUACGUCAUACAAGAUUAUAAAAAUAUUGACCUAAACUUAAAAUGAGUAGAUUUAAACCUAUCCAUGCUGCCUGGCUUGUCGAUGCACACAGAAAUGUGAAAAAGAAUCAGUCAUGACAGGGUGGCGCCUUACAGGUUUAUUGGACACAAUCGAAAAAAUCCGUUAGCUAAAAACUUUAAAACAUGUACCAAGUAUGACUUUAAGAUAGUGUGUCGUGAUGAUACUUGUAUUUUUUCAAUGAUACUUUCAACGGUGAUGUAGCUUUAUGUUUACGUACACUAUAUAAAGUAUAAUAUAACCUACAUAACUGUAUUGUGUUCUUGUAUUAAUUAUAAUAACCUGCUUGUUUUAUUUUCUGUAUACUAGUUAUAAUUGCUGAAAUCAAACGAGAUUGUCACACAUUUUAAUCAUUGAAUCCCCUUUGUCCUAAAGCAUUGUGUCUUAACGCAGACGUUCACACCUUUCCGUAAACAAGCGACUGCAACAACGGACAUGCCCGAAGGUGAUACGGAAAUCAAUAACAACUUGAUCAAAUGAGAAAAAAACACAAACUACAAGCUUAAAUAUUUUAUUUUGCAUGCUCAUAUAUUUAAAAUAAUAAUAUGAACAAUAAACAGGAAUAUCAUACGAACCUUAAAAUAUUAGCAAGCAGUGUAACUAGUGCAAACUCUCAAGAGUAUUUAUUUGCAAAACUUCGAAGAAAACAUCAUCAAAUGAAAAUGUACAUGAAAAUGCUUGGACAAAUUAAUGCGCGGACAUGAAUUAGCGCACGUGCGAUAGCGCUAAAAGCGCUGUUAUUAGUACACCGCUAAAAUAAGUAAGCCUACAGUACUGUAUGCUGACUAUCCAGUGUUUGUCCAUUUCUUUCAGAUUCAGUUAUGUGUAGUUGUAGCUUAAACAGCUUAACUUGCAGAUGAAAUUUAGAGCAAUUAGGUCCUGAUGUCUUUUAUAAACAGCAUUACAUAAUUAUCCAGAUUCACAGUAUGACAGAAUAAAUUAGGGCUCAAGGUCAUAAAACUAAGUUUGAAGACCAGUCUUAUAACACCAGCAACUGAUUGGUUGUUUCUGAACACAAAAUUUGAAAUUGACAAAUGGCAAGACUGAAUUGGUGUGACUGGUCUCAAUCCUCAGUUUUUAACCUUGGACAUUGGUCUAAAUGCAACAUGAACUUGUACAAGGUCUUAUGAGAUGUUGUUAGACUAAUAAAAUCAAAUCUAUGUUGCUUGAUUAUUACAUGAAUUUUCAAAGUAAUUGUGUUUCUGGAUUUGAAAUCAGUCAAGUGCUUUAGAUAUUUAACAACGUAUUUUUAGUUGAUUCUGUUAUGUUAAGCAGGAUUGUUAUUGUAUAAGUGAUGUAUAUUUAUGUAUUGCAAAUUGACAGGACUGAGGUUUUUAGCUCGACUAUUGAAAGAAUAGGUAUAGCUAUUGGACUUACCCAUGUGUCUGCGUCUGCAUCGGCAUUGGCAUCAGUGUCCCCAUUUGGUUAAGUUUUUGUAUGUAAACUAGUAUCUCAGAAAUACUUGUUUUAAUGGAUUGAAACUUCACACACUUAUUCCCCGUGAUAAAUUGACUUGCAUUGCAUAGGUUCCAUAACUCUAUUUUGCUUUUUUACAAAAUUAUGCCCCUUUCUCGACUUAGAAAUUUUUGGUUAAGGUUUUGUAUGUAAGCUGGUAUCUCAGAACCCACUUAUGGGAACUUCACACACUUGUUCACUGUCAUGAUCUGACAUGCAGUGCACAGGUUUCAUAACUCUACUUUGCAAUUUUACUAAAUUAUGGCCCUUUCUUUGGUUAAGGUUUUGUAUGUAUCGAAACUACACACACUUGUUCACUGUCAUGAUCUGACCUGCUGUGCACAGGUUCCAUAACUCUACUUUGCAUUUUUACAAAGUUAUGCCCCUUUUCGAUUAAGCAGGUUUAGUUUUUGUGUGUAAGCUGAUAUCUCAGUACCCACUAAUGGGAAUAGAUUAAAAGUUCACACACUUGUCCACUGUCAUGAGCUGAUAUGCACUGUACAGGUUCAACAACCCUGUUUUGCAUUUUUAGCUCACCUGUCACAAAGUGACAAGGUGAGCUAUUGUGACCGCUUGGAUCCUUGGGUGGUCCCCUUUCAAAGUUGUUCAAAGUAUUGAAUUCCAUGCAGAAAUCUGAUUGCCAUGGCAACCGAAAGAAAAAACUUUAAAAAUCUUCUUGUCCAAAACCACAGGGCCUAGGGCUUUGAUAUCUGGUGUGUAGCAUCAUCUAGUGAUCCUCUACCAAAAUUGUUCAAAUUAUCCCCCUAGAGUCAAAUAUGGCCCCGCCCCGGGGGUUACAUGGUUUAUAUAGGCUUUUAUAGGGAAAACUUUGAAAAUCUUCUUGUACAAAACCACAUGGCCUAGGGCUUUGAUAUUUGGUAUGUAGCAUCAUCUAGUGGUUCUCUACCAAUAUUAUUCAAAUUAUCCCCCUAGGGUCAGAUAUGGCCCGGCCGCGGGGUCCCAAGUUUUACAUAGACUUAUAUAAGAAAAAAAGUUUAAAAAUCUUCUUGUCUGAAACCACAACACUUAGACCUUUGAUAUUUGGUUUGUAGCAUUGUCUUAUGGUCCUCAACCAAAAUUGUUCAAAUUGUACCCCUUGGGUGAAAAGAGACCCUGCCCUGGGGGUCCCAAGUUUUAUAUAGACUUAUCUAGAAAAAAGCUUUAAAAAUCUUCUUGUCUGAAACCAUACAUCCUAGGCUUUUGAUAUUUGGUAUGAUGCAUUGUCUAGUAGUACUCUACCAAAAUUGGUCAAAUUAUGCCCCUGUGGUUAAAAGAGGCCCCGCCCUGGGGUCACUUAGUUAUUAUGUGAGUUAUGUAGGAAAAAUACUUAAAAAAUCAUCUGAUCCUAUUUCCAAGACUGUUUGAUUAUAAUUACCUGAUGACCCCAAGUAAUAUGAUGUCACUUGACUGUGACCUUGACUUACUGACCUACUUUCUUGUUUUUUAAGAUACAGUCUUGAAAUUUUGAUGACAUACACAGUUAUGCACACAAAUCAUAAAACUGAAUUUCAUUGACCAUGAAUGUGACCUACUGACUUUCUAAAUAUUUUAUCAUCAUUUUGACAUCUGAAACAUGUAGCUCAUGUUACUCAGGUGAGCAAUCCAGGGUCAUCAUGACCCUCUUGUUACAAAAUUAUGCCCCUUUUUCGACUUUUUUAUUCAUUCAAUUGCCAAGGCUGUUGAAUACCAGUAGUCGAGCGUUUAAGUUAUACUUGGGUAUUUUUUCGAGACAUAGAUCCAAGAAUUAUCUUUACAUAAUUACUCAGCUAGUUAAAGGAAACAGAAAGAGACUGAUUAACGAAUUAAAUCUUGUCAUGUUAGUCACUGAAAUUAUUCCUAUAUUUGAAGUCACAAAAAUGUGAAAAAUUGUCCAGUCAAUAAUCUGAAUAUGAAACUCUAAUUAAAUAGAAUUCCUUGUAAAAAGAAAUGUGAAGUGACAUUUCAUAGCAGUUUUCAUGAGCUUUCCUAGCCUGUCAUAUGUAGGGAAGCACAUUAGAAAUAACUGAUCUACUUUGAUUAAGCAAGUCAAUAAAAUAUAAGAAACAUUAAUACCUCAAUAGUGAAAGCAUUUUCAUUUUUUAUUCACAAUUCUAACACGAUCCGCAGCAAUUGCUAUAUAAACAUAUAGCGAAAUCGCCUAUACAUGAAUCUACGAUAAAAUAUGGAUGGCUGUUACAUUUCACUCCCCUAUGAUUGUGACAUAAGAGAAUCAACUUCAGUUCCAGUACAUACGAAUUAUUUCAGGGCCAAACGGUUGAAAACAGCAUUUCAGAAGACAUAAAUAUGAUAAAAAGUCAUACUGACUUAUGUUAGAACCGUAAAACACGUUUUGAUCUCUACGAGCGAAUUCAAUUAGCUCAGUUAUGAUUCAGCGGUGACGUCAUAAAUGUAUGACAUAAAGUAUGACGUCAUAUUGAUGUGACGUCAUAUAAAUGUUAAGCUUGUAACUCGUAACACAGUGUCAACUCGCCUAAUUUGAUGAUUUUGUUCAUAAUUAGUUUGCGAGUUGUUAGAUUACUAAUUUAUAAAUACUUCUCAAAAUUCUGAUAAAAAAGAAACAAAUAUCUCUACGUUCCAUUGGCUAUGCAACACUUUCUAACCAUAGGGGGUAAAUUGUAACAGCAUAUGACCCGAAUGACGUAUUACGCUGAAAAUGUAGUACUGUAAAAUGCGAAUUAUUUGCGUUGUUAGAAUCGAAAUAAUAAAUAUGUUCCAAUAAUUUUAUCAAUUAAUAAAACAUGGGCCGUCGUUUGGAUGCGAAUAAUUAAAUCACUCGUGCUACGCACUCGUGAUUUAAUUAUUACGCAUCCAAACUCCUGCCCAUAUUUUAUUAACUGAUAAAAUAUAGGAACAGAUUUAUUAUUUCUUAAAUCUACCUGUGUAUCCCUUUAAUUUAGAAAAAAAUGUCAAGAAGAAAAGGUCCAUUGAGUCGGAAGAACAGAAUUUCAUGCUUAGGGAAUUAUUUAACAGUAAUUGCUAUUUUGUGCAUGAAGAAAGCAGUAUUUCAAAAACUGUUCUUGUUUUCUGCUCUUUUGAUUAUAUUUUUUUUUCCAGUUGUAUAUGAAAUUGGCAUUAUGAGGUUGGUAGAAUUAGAUAGAAUUUUACAGGUUAUUUGUACCGUUACAUUUUGUACCUACUGGAUGUUGUAUAGAACUCUUUUUUUCACAGUUUAUUUCAGGAAGAGAAUGUUGAAUUCACUUAAUUCUUUUUUUGUAAGUCAAGUCAGUGUUGGGCCUAAGAGGUAAACUUGUGGGUAAGGUCGCUGGCCUCAAAUCACCGGCCCUUCACUGCUGUGGGUUUGAAACUGUUAGGGGUUAUAAAAUUCUUCAUGGGAGGAAGCUGUGUGAUGGGCUUAUGGAAGGUGGAAUGUUCUACCGAGUUUGCUGCAUUUGCCUGAAAUAAUGCAUGGAGAGGUACCUUUGGUCCUUCUUCACCGUUAUAAAUGGUAGAGUUGCCAUAUGACCUACAUUGUAGUGUUGUGACACAAAACCAAACAAAAGAAAAUGAACAGCAGUGUGUUGGAAAAUUGGGUGUUCUUUAUAACAAAUUCUGUACAGGAAAAUUUACCCCUUUUGUUUGUGGAAUUUACUGUUAAUGUGUAAUUUUAUGUAAUAAACAGAAAUUCAGCUUUCAUUUAUCUAAAGACUGUGUUUGACUCACAAAUAAAAUUAAUGGUGCUUGGUAAACAUUAUUCAUUAAUGAUUAUAGUUAUAAUUGUCCCAGAUUAUUUGAAUUAAUGUGAUUUUAUUUGUUCUGUAAUUACUGUUCAAUGUUACUCGAUUUAACUUGAUUUUAUUUGUCCUGUGGUGGUGUAUUUUUAUGCCCCCGUAGGGAGGCAUAUUAGUUUUCAACUGUCCGUCCGUUCGUUCGUUAGUUCAUUAGUUAGUUCGUUCGUUCGUUCGUCACAACGUUAACUUUUUGCAUGAAGGCACUUUACUCGCGAACCAUUGCACGCAGGACCUUCAAACUUCACAUGCUGAUAGUACUUACUGAGUACACGACCCCUACUGCUUUUGGGGUCACCAGGUCAAAGGUCAAGGUGCUGCGGGGGGCAUUUGUCACCAUUAGUGACAGCUCUUGUUUGUGUUAUAAAAGGCACAUGUACUUUUGUGUAGAACAUGUUCAGUGUGCUUUAAUGGAAAUCAAACUGUCUGCUUUAAUGGAGAUCAAACUGUCUGCAACAUAUUUGCUGUUUUUCAGUAGUUACCUUCAUUAUUUACCUUCAUUUUAUCAUUUGAGUCAUGUAUUUACUGUUAUUUUAGAAACGGACACUACUAGUUCUUGUUAUAUAUUAACAUACUAUAUAUCAGCACAAUAUAUAUUAACUUACAAAAUAUAAAACAUACAUUCUCUGUCACAACAGGAUUAUCAUCUACAUAUAUUUCAAAUUCAGGUAACUCUGCAUGUUUGAAAAAACACAGGUGAUGGUCUAACAUCAUGUAAAGUAGGACAAAACAUGAAUGGCAACAAUUGUAUAUAAUUGGUAAAAAAAACUGGUAAAAUGUCAAUUUACAACUGAGAGAAGUUUGAUUAAAAUCUAUGGUAACCGUUGUAGUAUAUUUUUUUUUGCAUGAGAAAAUGCCAUCAAUUUUGUGAUUUUCCCACAUGCUCUAAUUAUGAUUUUCUUAAGACCAGUGCAGUAAAAAAUCAAUUACACAACCCUACUGGUUGAAUGUUCUUAGCAUAUCUUUAUGAUUUGAAAAAUUGUGGUUUUGUCAAAUUCUAUAAUAUCCAGACCAGCCUGCGCAUCCGCGCAGUCUGGUCAGGAUCCAUGCUGUGCGCUAACGGUUUCUCUAAUUGCAAUAGACUUUGAAAGCGAACAGUCUGGAUCCUGACCAGACUGGGAAGAUGCGCAGGCUGGUCUGGAUCCAUGCUGGUUGCAAAGCCACUAUGUUGGUUUUCUCUUGGUGCAGCUCAUAUAUAAAAUUUUGAUGUGAACAUGCAGAACUACCUUGAUUUAUUUUGAUGUUAGAGAUUAAGAUUUCAAGAUCCUAAAUCUAGUGAUAAUUGUCUGCUUAAAAUGUUUAAGAAACUUUGUGAAAUGCUGUGUUUAAAACUUCUGGUUUAGGUUUUGAACUUUUAACAGCUGAAUUUUAUAAUAAUUUAGACCCCUCAGAGAAAUCCUCCAUGAAACCCUUAUAGAAAUCCAGCCAGACUCCUUUUUACUGUAUUCACUUAAAUAUAUAUUUUUAUGUGAUAACGGUUGUAAAAAGUUAUUACCACUAAGCACUUUUUGUUUUUUAAAGCUGCUGACAAUCAUUGCAGACUAUUCUUGUUAUACAGAUUCACUUUCCAGUGAUAAUGAUAGAAGGAAGGCUGUGGAUAUUGUACAAGGACAUCAAAUCUUUGAUUAUAGUAGAGAUUGAUAAUUCCACUUAACAUAUAAAUGUCACAUUAUGGGACUUAAUUAGUUGAUUAUUUCUUAUGCCAGGCAGUCAGCAAAAGACUUAGGCUGGAAGUGAGAAGUCUCCGGUUACCGGAUUAACUUCACAUUUUUCUCAACCUGUGGCAUAGGGAAUUUUUUAAAUGUAACAAAAAGCCUCUGUUUAAAUUUUCUAUGUUCCAAGGUUGAAACACCAAGUUUGGAAAGCAGUCUGAGAAAUUUACCUUUUCAUUGGUUAAUUUAAAGAUUGAGCAAAGCAUCAACCAAUCAGGUGUUGAGAUUUUCAGACUUUUCAACAAAUUCAGUUUUACAGCCUCACACAGAGUAAUACAAUGCAGUAUUUAACUGUAGUAAUUCCUUUAAUAGAAUUCACUAGUGUUUUAUAUAGAGGAUAUUUGUUUGUUUCAUUGUAAGAUUGAAAUAUCUUUCACAAGUGAACACCAGAUGCAAUAUUUUCACGAGUGACAUAGCCAUAAGUGAAAAUGUAAGAUAUAGUGUUCACAAGUGAAAGGUAUUUUGAUCUUGCAUGUAAAACAAAAAAAUAAAAAUCAUAUUUUGACUAAAUUUACCAAUUUUAUAGUUUCUAUACCAGUAAAAAUAUAUUUGAUAAUUCACUGAAAAACAUGUAACAAAAUAUGUAUGCCCUAUUUAUGAUUUUGAUAUGAUUAUUGAAAUGUGUUAUAAGAAAUAAAGUCUAAGCUUUACUAGAUCUAUAUAAGAAAUGUAUAGUAAAUUGCACACCUGAUACAUGUAUCUGUAGCUGAUAUGUCGAGCCGCGCCAUGAGAAAACCAGCAUAGUGGGUUUGUGACCAGCAUGGAUCCAGACUGUUCGCUUUCAAAGCCUAUUGCAAUUAGAGAAACCUUUAGCAAACAGCAUGGAUCCUGACCAGACUGCGUGGAUGCGCAGGCUGGUCUGGAUCCAUGCUGGUCGCAAACCCACCAUGUUGGUUUUCUCAUGGCACGGCUCUGUUUAUAGCCUAGCAGUAUUGUUGUUGCUUCAAAUAUUUCCCUUCUCUUAAAUAGUGCAAUAAUCAUUUUAACAUGAUUAUCAACUGACCUUGACCACUGAUGAUUAAUUUAGUAUUCUAGCAUGUUUAAUUACCUAGUUUUAUACUUUCUGUCUACAUAAUGUUUUGUAUUUGUUUUCUUAACUUUUGCCCACAAGUCCUCUUUGAUCAUGCAAGAUUUUUUGUUAUUAUCCGUUUCUCUUUUUGGAUCUUAUAAUUUGAGUAAUGUACCAAACUCAAGUUCACUAAAUAAUUUUUGCCAUAGACUUCUUUUUUUGUAUUUUUGUAAACAGCACUGAAAUUUCUUUGUCCAGUCACCAGUAUUCAUUUAAUCCACACAUUAGAAAGGAUAAAACACGUUUUCCUAUCUUAUGUUUUACUUAAGAUUUAUAUUCAAGUUUAAGUAUUUUGCAUAAAAUAAACACAUAUUUGUAAGUUUUUAAAGAGAAACAAAUUUUGAAACUUUUGACAUUCUAUUAACAGUAGUUUUAAAGGAAAAGAAAAAAUGAUGAAAAAAUUCAAACUAAGUUUGUAAACUAACAACACUUUUACGAAAAAGUGUAAAACUUUUAAAUUUGUGUUAUUUUGCAGCACUAUGUAUUACAUAUUAACAGUACAUGUAUAUAAAUUCCAGAAAAAUAUAUCACAAUCUCUAAGAUCAGUACUCUUUGUGAAAAAUUUUGAAAUACAUGCAAGUCUGUGAAAAAACUGUAUUAUGAACUUCAGUAUGGCUCAUUAUUGUGCAGUCAGUACUAUUGUCUUUUAGUCUGUAAACAGAUCCCUUUCAGCAUAGAAGUCAGAUCCUUCAGUCUAUCAAGGUCUUUGACAAAUGUUUUAAAAAAUGUGUCACCAGUUUAUUUGAAGCAAAUUUUUCCGGAAUGUUUAAUAUGCAAGGAUAUUGACAGGUCUUCGGUAUUACAUCAUAUUCAGAUUCGAAAAGGACUUUAGUUUUGCUAUUGAGUAGUUGUUUCAACAGCCUUUCUAAAAAUUUAUAAUGACAUAAUUGAAGAAAAUUUAUGGACAAAAAUGUGAAACUAUAUUUUUACCAAAUGUCUGCUGCUAAUACUCCUCAAAUAUAAUCAAAACAAAUAUUCCAAGAUAUUGAGAGAGAAGGUGUAACUGUGAUUGAAUUUAUUUCAAAAUCAACAAGAGAACAAGCCCAGUUGCAAUUUUCAAAGGCAGUGAUCUCUAGACUGGCUGAAAAUGAUCUUUCUUUAAAAUUGAAGUUUGAUCAUAUUAUGAACAUUCAAACAUGAGUUUUUGUUUCUAAACUAUCUGAAAAAAGUCAAACCAAGAAAAAAAACAUGCCGGAGUCAAGAAUUGAACCUGGGUGGCCUUGGCAAUAAAAACUUUCCAGUGUUCUUAACCAACCCACCAGUAGGAAUAUGUAACUAACGUUUUAUAAUUAAGGCAGUUUACCUCUAGUACCUCAUGUUUUUUAAAUGGAAAAAUACACAUAAUAAUUAAUUCUCAUGUGUUUCCGUAACAUUUAAUCUGUCAGUAAGUAAGUUUUUAAAGCAUUCCUGUAAUUUCCUAUCUUAAUUUUUUUUUUUUUUUGUAGUACGAUCUGGACGUCAGUGCCUUUAAAGCAGAUAAUCAUUUUCACUUUUAUCUUGUAUUGUCUUCCUACCUCUCUAUAUAGAAUAAAAUAGAAAUAUAGUAUCUUUUUGUAAUAGAUUAUUUUUACACAGAUAUUUAUCAUUAUUUAUAGCAAUGCUUUUUCUACUUUCUAUGAUAUUUUAUUACAAAAAAUUCCUAAAAUUGAAAGAUUGUUUAGUGAUAAUUGUAUCUAAUGUUAUUAAACAUUUGUAUGCUUGUAUGUAAUCCCUCUUUAAACUCGAAAGAACACUUUGGUGCAAAAACAAAUGCAUUGCAACAAAUAUGAGUUAAUAGCAACCAGUACUAGAACAGUUCAACCUAGGUGUAAACACUUGUACAGCGCAACCUAGGUGCAAACACUAGUGCAGUGCAACCUAGGUGUAAACACUAGUGCAGCGCAACCUAGGUGCAAACACUAGUGCAGCGCAACCUAGGUGCAAACACUAGUGCAGUGCAACCUAAAUGCAAUUACUAGUGCUGUGAAACCUAGGUGCAAACACUAGUGCAGGGCAGCCUAGGUGCAAACACUAGUGCAGUGCAACCUAAAUGCAAUUACUAGUGCUGUGAAACCUAGGUGCAAACACUAGUGCAGUGCAACCUUAAUGCAAUUACUAGUGCUGUGAAACCUAGGUGCAAACACUAGUGCAGUGCAACCUAAAUGCAAUUACUAGUGCAGUGCAACCUAGGUGCAAACACUAGUGCAGCGCAACCUAGGUGCAAACACUAGUGCAGUGCAACCUAAAUGCAAUUACUAGUGCUGUGAAACCUAGGUGUAAACACUAGUGCAGCGCAACCUAGGUGCAAACACUAGUGCAGCGCAACCUAAAUGCAAUUACUAGUGCUGUGAAACCUAGGUGCAAACACUAGUGCAGUGCAACCUAGGUGCAAACACUAGUGCAGUGCAACCUAAAUGCAAUUACUAGUGCUGUGAAACCUAGGUGCAAACACUAGUGCAGUGCAACCUAAAUGCAAUUACUAGUGCUGUGAAACCUAGGUGCAAACACUAGUGCAGUGCAACCAAAGUUUAUUUUAGGAAGGAGGUUGUUUUGAAAAAGCUUAUUUGGAAAUGUUUGGAAUGUUUCCACUUAAUUUUUCCUCAGCAUUUGUUUAUCAUUGUGUUUUCCAGGAAUGUUAUUGUUUUCUCUAUACUACAUGUGUACAUGUUAAUGUGUUACAGUGAUUACAACAGAAAGCAAAAUAAAAGCUUACAAUCUA